AUGGUCAGACGCAACGUUUCAGAAAACGAGGUGAUAAAGAAAAUAGAUGCUAUAAAUUUGAAGGAAGCGAAAGGAGCAUCUGUAAGUAUGAACAACUAUACAAAUUUGAUGACGCAUAAAUUGCGAAAAAACAGAGAAGGAAUUAUUUGGUGCAUAGAACGAAUUGGGAAUUUGGAGGGCCUGACCAGGAAGAUGAAUAAAGAGUUGGCAAACGGAAAUAAGGAGUUAAAAAAGUUAACAAAAAACAUAAUAAAGUUUGAUAUGCUAAAUUCACAACUUGAAAAUAGUAUCAUCAGCGAAAUGAAUAAAGACAAUGCAUAUAAAACUAGAAUAUCAAUUUUAAAAAAAAAACAAGUUGGAAUUAAAAAGGCACAAGGAAUUAUUAACAGCGACAUUAACUAUAUGGAGACAAGAAUAAAUAUGAUGAAGGAACAAGUUGACGAAAAUGUUAAGAAGUAUUACAAGUUGGUAAGUGCUAAGGAUAAAAUGCACAAUGAAAUGAUCAAGUUUAAGAAAGACAGAAAAAUUUUGCAGCAACAUUUGAAAAAUACUAAGAAAAAUCACCAAAUUUUAAAAAACCAAAUGCAAAAUUUUGUUCAAAAUAUGAAUCAAUAA